UUUCCGCAAUAAUCUUGAUCAUCCUACGUCCAACGGUGCAGGAAAGCUCCAACCAAGACUUCAACCCUACGUUAUUCUCCAAAGACUUACACAGAGACUCUGACGCCAACAUGAUCUUGCUGUUAUUCCUGUUUGGUCUGGCUCUGGGUGCUGAGACUCCUUCAGAUGAACAUGAAGUGCAGUUACAGCAGGAAAAUUGUCCUGUGUUCUGGUUCAGCUUCAACGGCCGCUGCUACAAGUAUAUUGCCACACGUUUGACCUGGGCUGAUGCAGAGCUCCACUGUGUGUCAGAGGGAGCCAACCUGGUGUCUAUCCACAGUCUGGUAGAAGAUGAUUUCGUCAAAUCCGUGAUCAAGAACUUUGACGUCGCUGAAGGGUACACCUGGCUCGGACUCAGUGACACACAGAAGGAAGGAGGAUGGAUGUGGUCUGAUGGGUCUGCAGUCAACUUUAAAUUGUGGGCUCCAGGAGAGCCAAAUCAUGCACAGGAAAAUGAAGACUGUGUACACAAUAACGUCGACAAUAAUAAGAAAUGGAAUGAUGCACCUUGUUCUUAUACGUAUCCCUCUGUUUGUGCAUAUCGCAUAGACUGUCCUCAGCAACUGAUGUUUAUGUCGAAUUCAACCAAUUGACUUUCCACCUGUUGCUCUGUAGAAAUGCUUUGAGCGUCCACAAUAAAGAUACAAAUGUACAACUUAA